AUGUCAGCAGACAUCAGAGAAAUAGUAGACAAGUGCCAGAUCUGCCAAACUUACCAAGACAAGCAGAAGAAAGAGCCAAUGAUGUCUUACCCUAUUCCUACCAGAUCAUGGGAAAUAAUCUCUCAAGACAUACUUACGUAUAAGAGCAAAGAUUACCUUGUAACAGUAGAUCACUACAGUGAUGUGUGGUUUCUGGAUGAAUUACAAGAUCUAACAUCUAAAACAAUCAUUGAAUGCAGCAAAACGCACUUUGCUCUACAAGGAAUACCAUCAACACUGAUCACAGACAAUGGGAGACAGUGGGUUAGCCGAGAAUUUGCUGAAUUCACAAAGACAUGGGAGUUCAACCAUGUGACCAGCUCUCCCUAUCACAGUCAGAGACACAGCCCAGCACAACGACUGUUGUCUAGAAGAACAAAUACAUAUUUGCCAGUAACAGAAAUCCUUCUACAACCACAAGUAGUUACUGGAGUCUCAGAACACAUUAAGAAAAGAAAACAGAUAUCAAAACUACAGUAUGACAAAAGUGCAACAAAGCUACCAGAACUUGUCAUUGGGGAAACUGUCAGACUCCGGCCUGAAAACAACAACCAAGAGUGGCAGACAGCAACCUGCAAGAAAAAAGUAGGACCUCGUUCUUACUUAGUAGAAACUACAAAUGGCAAAGUUUAUCGUAGCAACAGAAAGUUUCUAAGCACAACACCAGCAGGAGACAUUGCUAAAACAAUGCCAACAGUUGCACCCGACAAAUCAGACAUCACAUCCACAACUGACAUCCCAGUACCAGCAACACCAAAUGGAACAAGUGACAAGAGCACAGUAAACCAACAACCAUUAACUGGAAAACAAACAGAAGUUUCAACACCAAUCAUACCAACCCCUGCCCAGAAGAACCAUAACUAUGCCGAAUCGAUUCAAGAACUUUGUAUUGCAAAACCAAUAGACAAGAAAAAGAAAAGAGAGAAUAUGAAACCUUGA